GACAAAGUAGACACUUGAAAGUACAAAGAAGAAACCGUUGUAUUGGCGUCCAAGAAAGGUCCCACCGAACCCCGCACACAUUUUAUAUCUUCGAAAGAGCACACAGAUUCCAUUUUCCUCAUCCCUUCAUUCUCCCCUCAAAAUUUUCCAUCAUUUUCCCAGAGAAAUUACCCAUGCCUUCCCCAGUCGGCUCCCCCACAAGCUCCCAGUCGGUGACUCAGACCGUCAACGGCUCUCACAGUUUCACUAUCAAGGGCUACUCCUUGGCCAAGGGCAUGGGCAUCGGGAAGCACAUAGCCAGUGAGAGCUUCACCGUCGGCGGCUACCAGUGGGCUAUCUACGUCUAUCCCGAUGGUAAAAAGCCGGAAGACAACUCUACCUAUGUGUCCGUUUUCGUUGCCCUAGCUAGUGAGGGCACCGACGUCAGGGCUCUCUUCCAGCUCACACUUUUGGACCAGAGCGGAAGGGGCAAGCAUAAAGUGCAUAGCCAUCUCGAGAGCGGCCCUUAUAUGCUCAAGUAUCGGGGCACAUUGGCUUCUUGUGGUGCUAUCUGUUCACUAGUUCCUUCAAAUAUUUGUGGUCUGCUAGAACCUAUGCCUUGCAAAUAUUUGUGGUGGCAUCCCCUGGAUAGGGAUCAAUUCAGGCAGGCUAUUGUAAAGCACGGCUGUGCUGAGUUUCUUAGUAGGUCUCGAAGAACGUAUCCUAAAGAGAAGUUGUGGAAUAGUCCAACGAGUCCACCGGCAUGGUCAAACUCUUCUGUUAAAGGUGUACUUUCAGCCUCUACCAGUUCAGGGACAAAGAAACCUGGUGUACUACUCAACUCUCCACGUAGACACGGUAAUCAGAAGAAGUUCACAAAGCAAGAAUGGGAAAGAUUUCACUAGAGAAUCAACCCAAAUAACUAUGGCAGAACUGGCAGCAACUCCAGAAUUCACUGACUGGGUCAUCGAGCGUGCAGACCGUAUAAAGCUCAUUUCAAAUGACAGUUCAGAUGAAUCAAUUGGGAGCAAAUCGAGUUCUAUAGACGAAGAAGCUGAAGAGAGCAGCAGUCAGUUUAGAUUCUUUAGUUGGAAACCAUGAAGUUGAAGAUAGCAUUAACCCGGGAAUUACACAAGAACAUGUUAAAUUAGCAUCAAAUUUAGGAAAUUUAGCAGCCAUUUGCCAAGUGCAAUCUCUGUGAGCAUUUAGCAUGACAUUUUCCAACAAAUUAACUGACCACGUAAUGCAGACGGUGAGACUGUUUACCAUUUGAUGUAACUUGAGUACUGUACAGACGAAGCUAGGAGAACUGCAGAAAUGGUUUUAUUUACUUUGCAAUGAAAAGUUUGUAUAUAUAUAAGUAUACAUUUUUUUUAUGCUUCCAUUGUUCAUCCGUUUCAUUUAUUCUUCUUGCACUUUUGGUGGUUCUGCUUUAUUCCUUUAAUAUGUUUUGAUUGUAAUUAGUUCAUCUCCAGUAAUUCCAUUGUUUUUCAGCAUUAAUUAAUUUUGCUGAUUCAUACUUGCAAUUACUUUUGAUGAGUGCGAUUUCUUGAGUAGCAGCAAAAUAAGCACAUUACUUGUAAAUAAAAAUUUUCUACUUUG